UCCAAAUUUUGUCGGUGGUGCAAUUGAAUAUUGUAUUUAUCUACAAUUACUAAACACACAAGCCGAAAUCGUCAAUUUAACUUCAGUACCAGACGAAAAAAUUCAAAAGUUUAAAAAAACUAUGGCUACUGUAUUACGGUUUAUGGGAUCCAACAUUUUUAACAGGAAUUAUAAUUCAUUGUUUCAUUUCUAUGGUGAAUUAGAAGCAUACGCAAAUGGAAAAGGAACACUACAUCGAAUAAAUGAAAUAAUAAAUAACGAAAUACAGUACAGCGAUACAAAAAUCAUAAUUCAACAGAUUCAGGAAAAGGAUGAUAAGGAUAAAUUAAAUUCAGAGUGUGAUGCUCUACUAAAUUCGAUUAUAAAUGAAGAACUUCAAACACAAUUUAUACAAUUACUAGAUGGCAUAGGUAAUGAUGAAAAUCCAUCUGAUCAAUUAAGAAAUUUAGUAACUUUGUAUAGGAUGAUUACAAAAUUGAUACCUUCUAAAAAUUUUCGUAAUGAAGGAAAUCAACUAAAAAUUAACAAUGCGUUUAUAAAUGAAUAUUUUAAGAACACAUUAUUAGCAUACAAAGAAUUUAUAUCAGCUGUUCAAAAAAUAUCUAAGAACAGUGUAUCAAAUUUUGCUAAAGAUUUUAAUUCACUUAAUAAAAAUCUUAAAGAUUAUUUUUAUAAAUGUUUAUCGGAUAUUGGCAUAACUGAAAAAAUUGAAAAGGAUUUACCUGAAUUACAUGAACAUGUUGCUUUAACAUUUUUAUUAUAUGGAAUUGAUGGAAGUGAUAAUUCAAGUGAAACUUCUGAUACAAAUAAAGCUUCUGCAGAUCCUGGUAAAGAACAUGUCAAAUUAUCCGAAAAUUUUUAUCCAGAUUUGAAAAAUCUUCUUCCAAAUGUUAAGGAUAUUAUGAAUGCAAAAGUUUUGCGUUUAGUUAUUAGCGUAUUUUUCACUAAUUUCAUUGAAACAGAAGGCAAUAAAGUAGUUGAACCUCAUGUUAGAUACAAUACCUUCAAAAAUAUUUUACCAACAUUGUAAAUUCUUAUAUUAAAUAAUAUCAUAUAUUCGUACUUGAAUUUAUUAAAAAAAAAUAUUGUAUUCAG